UUGACCUACCGGAAGUGAAAAGGAUAAAGGGCAGAAAUUGCCACGUCUGUUUUAUGCUGUAGUUGCGAGUACAGUACGUCCAACAACAUGGUUUCUGUUAUUAGUACAGUUGAUACUGCACAUGAGGACAUGAUUCAUGAUGCUCAGAUGGACUACUAUGGAAUCCGUCUGGCAACCUGUUCUUCUGAUAGAUCAGUAAAGAUCUUUGAUGUCAAGGCCGGACAACAGACUCUAGUGGCUGACCUCAGAGGGCAUGAGGGUCCGGUGUGGCAGGUAGCCUGGGCCCAUCCUAUGUUCGGUAACAUCUUGGCGUCUUGUUCUUACGAUCGCAAAGUCCUCAUCUGGAAAGAGACUAAUGGUGCUUGGGAGAAACUUUACGAACACAGCAGUCACGAUUCAUCAGUCAAUUCUGUUCAGUGGGCUCCCCAGGAGUUUGGUUUAGUUUUAGCGUGUGCUUCAUCGGAUGGUUCAGUCUCUGUUCUGACAUACACUGACGGCAAAUGGGAAUCACAGAAGUUAAAAGACGCUCAUGCGAUUGGUUGCAAUGCAGUAAGUUGGGCACCAGCCGUAGAGCCCGGUUCCCUGAUUGAAGCUCCCUCAACGCAGAAGUUGGUCCUGGUAAAACGAUUCGUUACAGGUGGCUGCGAUAACUUAGUCAAGAUAUGGAAGGAGGAGAAUGGUGAAUGGAAAGAGGAACACAAACUAGAGGCCCACAGUGACUGGGUACGAGAUGUAGCAUGGGCGCCCUCUAUUGGCCUGCCCCACAGUACGAUAGCCAGCUGUUCACAAGAUGGCCGAGUUAUAAUCUGGACUAGUGACGAUAGCACUGGAACAGCAUGGAGGCCUAAGAUUUUGAACAAAUUCCUGGAUGUAGUGUGGCAUGUCAGUUGGUCAGUGACAGGCAACAUACUGGCUGUAUCAGGAGGAGACAACAAGGUUAGCCUAUGGAAGGAAUCGCUAGAGGGGCAGUGGGUCUGCGUCAGUGAUGUCAACAAAGGAGAAGGACAGACACCAACAGACAAUCAACCAGAACAAUAAACAACAAGACGGGGAAGCGGGGAGGGGUUGGGGAGAACCUUAACUAAUAGUAUUGGUUUGCACAUAUACACAGGCGUGAUAUUCUUCCUACUUGAGUCGGAUUUCCGACUGUUUGGCCCUUUGAAAAAAAUUAUGAUUAAGUUGAGGUGUACCGAUGCCUAUUCCAUAAUUACGUACAUGUGGGUCAGCCCUUGAACUCAAUCAAAUAUUCAUACUUUUUUCCAAUGACUAAAUAUCAUGCUUGCAUGAACCUGAAUUAGUCUUCAACUAAAAGCAAAGUGUUUUGGAAAGUGACUAGUCUUUUUUUAUUUAUUUUUUUAUUUUACUAUUUUGGAUUUUGGGAGAGAUACAGAAUGACUUCAAAUGCAUUUUUAUUAUGGAUGUGUGAGACUGGGGUAAUAAUUGUGGAUUGAAAAUGAGAUAGGAAUAGAAAA